UGUGCUCGCACUUUUGUAAUUUUAUUUUGUCUUUCCGAUAACGUUAUGUUGAGAAAAUAUUGGUAUUUUCUGUUUUACAUAUCACAAAACUAAGGAUCAGAGAAAUUUUGGUACUUGCUUGAGGCUCUAUGUUACAAAAGUGGCAGAGAUGAAACUUCAGCCUGAAACAAAAAUCUCCUAUACUUUUCUUCUCUACCAAACUGUCUACCUGAUGUUGAGAUAUUGAACCCUUUUGUUUUUCUUCCAUUUUGGGUGCAACAUCCAUUCUUCUAAUUUUGCAAAAGAAUCACCUGAUGCCCUUGUCAGAAUACAGAUUCCUAGGUCUCCACCCCAGAGACCUGGUGGUGUUUGUGGGAAGCUGCAUAACUACGAUCUCACAUAAUUCAGUUGAGAUUAACCUGUAGAAUCAAACUAAAACCACCCAAAUGAGAACAAACACUUGCUAUUUUUUCACGUCUUGCUAUAGCAACAGAGUAAGACACCAUCACUUGCCUUUGGGAGAAGCUCAAAGGCAGGCAGGGGAGUGGACAGGAUUUAUAAAACUGAAAAAAGGAGGACCAUCUUAGGUAUGUUCGGAUUGGAAGUUGUUGGCCUGGGAAAGUUAGAGGCAGGCUCCUCGAAGCAAGGGGUGUUUUAUGUGAUUGAUUUGGGGAGCAAUUGGCUUUCUCUGAUUGGUCCUGUAUCGGAAGUCCAGCACAAAGAGGGAAGUUGGCAGUCCUUGAGGAUGUCCUAACUGUUCUGGCCCAGCUGCAGAGGUUACAGUGUGGCUCCCUGAGCUUCUUAUGUCCUUCAGAGUUCUGUUGUCAUACACAGUUUGGCCAUUGUCCAUUUGUAUAUUCUGCCUCCCAGACCACACACUGGGCCUCUGAUGUUCAUUUCAUCCGGCUCUCUUUCCUCCCUUAACAUGGCUAGACUGUCAGUUCCAUAAGAGCUCUAAUUACCAGUGCCUAGCCCUAUCAGACACUCAGUAAAAGCUUGCACGUGAACGGAUGGAUGAUAAAUUAAAAUAUUUGUUACUGGCUUUUGCUGGGAGAAGAAAAUGAACCAUCUGUGUAGCACAUGGACAUCUUUAUCUGACUGGACUUGCGGUCAUCAGGAAGAAAAGACUGGAGGCUACUUCUUCAGCUACUCUGCUCUAAAUACGUGAACUUGAAUCCUUGACCCUGGCUGCUCUCAGUUUAUCUUCAAACGUCCAGGUUAAGCCGUAGUGUGCAAAUCAGCCCCAGGGGCUCCCUCCGGAGUUGAGUGCUCUGCUGGGGGCGGGAUGACGUUGGUGGGAAAGCGGCAGUUACUUCUGGCAUUCUGAAAGCAACCUCAGCCCCAGACCUUUAAGGCUUGCCGCGUUCUCUCCACCCUUUCCCCUCCUUCUCUCCCUCUAGGGCCUGGCCUGUGAGAGAUACCGAAGGAGGGGGAAAGGGGAUCCUUCUCCCAGCGCCCAGAUGCGUUCUUAAUUCUGGACUUAAGAGCGUCUAGAGAAAAACGCCCGGGGGUGUGUGCUGGGUGUAGGACUCAGACCUGAGGAGGGAGCAGAAAGCUAGUCGCGCAGGCGGUCUCGUCGGAGCUGAAUUCCCACCUGCUGCAGAGGGGAACCGCCGGGAAGGGGCCGCAGCCACGUGCCCGCCCGCCCGCCCCGCCCCUGCUCACAGCGCGGCCCCGCCACCGGGGAGUUCCCGCGAGUGGCCCCGCGCCCAGGCCGCACGGGGGGCUGUUCGGCUGGAGGCGGGGAGCAGCCGGGGCACCAAAAUAGGAGCCGCUUGUGGGCUGGAGCUGCACUAGCAGGCACCCUCCGCUGCGCCUCUUCCAAAGAUGGUCAGAGGGUCCGGAGGCGCCCCAGCCCCCGCUCGCCGCUAGCCCGCCGGCCAGCACGGUGCCCCGGAGCCGCCGCAGGAGCCAUGGCUCUCAAGGGACAAGAAGAUUACAUUUACCAUUUCAAGGAUUCAACGCAUCCAGUGGAUUUUCUGGAUGCAUUCAGAACAUUUUACUUGGAUGGAUUAUUUACUGAUAUUACCCUUCAGUGCCCUUCAGGCAUUAUCUUCCAUUGUCACCGAGCUGUUUUAGCUGCUUGCAGCAAUUAUUUUAAGGCAAUGUUCACGGCUGACAUGAAAGAAAAAUUUAAAAAUAAAAUAAAAAUCUCUGGCAUCCACCAUGAUAUUUUGGAAGGCCUUGUGAAUUAUGCAUACACUUCCCAAAUUGAAAUAACUAAGAGAAAUGUUCAAAGCCUGCUUGAAGCAGCAGAUCUGCUACAGUUCCUUUCAGUAAAGAAAGCUUGUGAGCAGUUUUUAGUAAGGCAUUUGGAUAUUGAUAAUUGUAUUGGAAUGCACUCCUUUGCAGAAUUUCAUGUGUGUCCGGAACUAGAGAAGGAAUCUCGAAGAAUUCUAUGUUCAAGGUUUAAGGAAGUGUGGCAACAAGAAGAAUUUCUGGAAAUCAGCCUUGAAAAGUUUCUCUUUAUAUUGUCCAGAAAGAAUCUCAGUGUUUGGAAAGAAGAAGCUAUAAUAGAGCCUGUUAUCAAGUGGACUGCUCAUGAUGUAGAAAAUCGAAUUGAAUGCCUGUAUAAUCUACUAAGCUAUGUAAACAUAGAUAUGGAUCCAGUGUAUUUAAAAACAGCUUUAGGUCUUCAAAGAAGCUGCCUGCUAACCGAAAAUAAGAUUCGAUCUCUAAUAUACAAUGCUUUGAAUCCCCUGCAUAAAGAGAUUUCCCAGAGGUCCACAGCCACAAUGUACAUCAUUGGAGGCUAUUACUGGCAUCCUUUAUCAGAGGUUCAUAUAUGGGAUCCUCUGACAAAUGUUUGGAUUCAGGGAGCAGAAAUACCAGACUAUACUAGGGAAAGCUAUGGUGUUACAUGUUUGGGACCCAACAUUUAUGUAACUGGGGGUUAUAGGACGGAUAAUAUAGAAGCUCUUGACACAGUGUGGAUUUAUAACAGUGAAAGCGAUGAAUGGACAGAAGGUUUGCCAAUGCUCAAUGCCAGGUAUUACCACUGUGCAGUCACCUUGGGUGGCUGUGUCUAUGCUUUAGGCGGUUACAGAAAAGGGGCUCCUGCAGAAGAGGCUGAGUUCUAUGAUCCAUUAAAAGAGAAAUGGAUUCCUAUUGCAAACAUGAUUAAAGGCGUGGGAAAUGCGACUGCCUGUGUCUUACAUGAGGUCAUCUACGUCAUCGGUGGCCACUGUGGCUACAGAGGAAGCUGCACCUACGACAAGGUCCAGAGCUACAAUUCAGAUAUCAAUGAAUGGAGCCUGAUCACCUCCAGUCCACAUCCAGAGUAUGGAUUGUGCUCAGUCCCAUUUGAAAAUAAGCUUUAUCUAGUUGGUGGACAAACUACAAUCACGGAAUGCUAUGACCCUGAACAAAAUGAAUGGAGAGAAAUCGCCCCCAUGAUGGAAAGGAGGAUGGAGUGUGGCGCCGUCAUCAUGAAUGGAUGUAUUUAUGUCACUGGGGGAUAUUCCUACUCGAAAGGAACUUAUCUUCAGAGCAUUGAGAAAUAUGAUCCAGAUCUUAAUAAGUGGGAAAUAGUGGGCAAUCUUCCAAGUGCUAUGCGGUCCCAUGGGUGUGUUUGUGUAUAUAAUGUCUGACUGCAUCCAUAGAAAUGACCACGUGAUCACUGUGUAGUGGAAAAAAAAAGAAUUCGGUGUUUGGAGUCCCUUACUUAUUAUUGCGGCCUGGCACAUAUGUGGCCUGGCACAAACUCCCAUGCCUAACCCCCACUCUUCACUUAAAUGCAGUGAUUAAUGGUCAAGAAAAAUCCUAUGUAUAUUUACAGUUGAAUCAGUAAGGUUAACAGCAUAUAAUCUCUGCUUUUGUAGGUAAUAUGGAAUGCUGGACACUUGGUAGAAGGUGAAAUACCUUUAUAGUGAAUUUUUCUCCUGGUAGCAUCAACACUGGGUAUAGGUCAGAAUCAUUCCGUGGAAUGAAAUGUCUUUUAUGACCCUGUAAUGUAUUGUGUAUAUUAAGGUUCUAUUUAGCUAGCAAGGAAUUUGACAUGUAAGGGGGGAAUCUUCUCUACCUCUACAAAAUCAACACUUUAAAGCAACUUUUUUUUU